UGUGUCUGCAGGACAGAUGUAUUCCCCAGCAGUCGCCACCCCACCACUCUCACACUGCCUCCAGCUCUGACUGGAGCGCCUUAUAACUGCUUUAUUACCACCGCUGCAUGCGCUGCGGGGAAUGACAUGAAGACGGACCGAGCCGGGUGGUCACGUCCACAGGGAAACCGAACGCCGUUUUCUGCUAUAGCCUAAUUACACCAGUCGUUGAGAUCAGAUAUUCAGGAGCCUAAGAUCAGAUAGAUCGGGCUGUUAUCCAUGAUGUUAUAGCUCAUCUGUCAACCUGUGCAGAAGGGAACUGUCCCCUCAGUCGUGAUUUCUGGUUCGGGUAAGCGACAAAAUCUCGCUUCAUUUGGAUGAAGAGGCCCUGAAUGGAUCGACGCCUCGCUGCCAAGGCGAAUCUGAGGAAAUAGCGAUAAAAUAGUAGGUCUGUUAUUAACGCACGUUAUUCGCCUUUGCGCCGCGGCUUAAGUUGGCGUUUCCAUGGACACAUCACAUUGAUGCGCAGGUUCUAAAAACUCUAAAAUUAGUUUCAUCUUCUUCAUUGUGUGUUUAUAGACAGAUGGUAUUGAUGAUAAACUAUUAGGAGCCGAAGAGGAUUGUGUUUGCUAGCUGGAACCCAUUGGCCAAUCAAUGGAAAUAACUGAGCUCUUUUAGAUUCAUUAAAGUUUAAUUAAGUACCUUAUUCUCAAAUCUUUAAGGUCAAUAGCCAUUAUCAUAGCCAAGUGCUCUAACAGAGGACAGGCCAAAAGAGUUCCUAUCUGGUCCUUCACCUAUAUGUCCAGACAAUUACAGUUCAGUCCAGGUCCGAUCCAGGAUUCAGGUCAGGGUUCUCGAUCAUUCCGGCCUUUUCCUCAAACCCCCAUUCAAACCCAUCCAGUCCGUAGACGUGCUUCCACACAGUUGCCACCAUUCGCCCCUCUCUCGCCACAGCAGUUCUCCCGUCCAGGCCCCGCUCCAACCCGGCGUCAGGCAUGGCGCCUCAGGGGCGGGAUCACCUGGCCACACGGGAGUCUGCAGGUCGUAGACGGAGCCCAAAUGUGCGGCACACACUCAGCCCAGACAAUCUUCGGAGCUUAGCCGAGCGUGGUGGGGCCGAGCAGGCUGGAGUUGGACUCCUCAGAGCCAACAGUGAUACAGACCUGGUCAGUUCUCAAGGGCGAUCCUCACUCACAGCUUCUACUUUAGAGUUCACGAUGUGCCGGGGCCAGAACUUGGUCAUCUCAUGGGAUAUCAAGGAAGAGGUGGAUGCCACAGACUGGAUUGGCCUGUACCACAUAGAUGAGACCUGUCCAUCAAACAUGUGGGACUGCAAGAACCGUGGGGUUAAUGGUACACAGUGUGGGCAGAUUGUCUGGAGGCUGGAGGCAGGGCCGUACUUCCUUGAAGCUGAGACAAGGAUCUGUUUUAAAUACUACCAUGGAGUCAGUGGUGCGCUGAGAGCCACAACACCCUGCAUCACAGUCAAGAACCCCAGAGCCUCGGUCGAUGGUCAAGGUGAAGGACAACAAGCUUCAGAAAGCAGUCGAAAACUGGUCAGCUUUACCUUAUCAGAUAUCCGGGCAGUGGGGCUGAAGAAGGGGAUGUUUUUUAACCCAGACCCAUAUUUGAAGAUGAGCAUUCAUCCAGGCAAGAGAAGUUGCUUUCCGACCUUUUCCCAUCAUGGCCAAGAGAGACGAUCCGGCAUUACAACUAACACUACUAAUCCUGUGUGGCAUGGAGAGAAACACACUUUUGUGGCUCUUAUGACAGACGUCUUAGUGAUUGAGAUUAAAGACAAGUUUGCUAAAAGUCGCCCAAUUAUUAAGCGCUUCCUGGGUCAGCUGAACAUUCCGGUGCAGAUGCUGCUGGAGAGACAUGCGUCAGGGAACCAAUCACUGAGCUUCUCUCUAUGUCGUCGUUUGCCCACUGAUCAUGUGAGCGGUCAAAUGCACUUUAAAGUGGAUAUCACAUCUAUGGGCCAAGAUGAUGUUUCCACUGAGACGAUUUUAGGGGCAGCAGCCCUCAAUGGAGCUCCUGGAACCCCUUCAGAUGAUGAAGAGCUGCCCCGUCCUCUCCCUGUCCCAUCAGCAGGCCCUUCACCCACCGGCUCCCUGGGUUCUCACAGAAAUGGGGAAGGUAGCAGCAUACCCUCCCCGGACACCGAGAUGUAUGGGGCCACCCUGGAUGAUGAGGGCCCUUCUUCUCCAGACCUGCUCCAGGGUUCUUUCAGUGAGCAGCUUGAUGCUAUUGAUGCCCCUAAGGGCCCGGGAGAUAGGCCUCUUGGGGCAGCUUCUCCAAAACUGCGAUCCAGCUUUCCCACAUACACACGCCUCAGCGCUAUGCUGCACAUCGACUCUGAUGAAGAUGAAGAGAGGUCCGCUGCUACGGAGGCCACGCUGCCAACAUUUAAUGGUGUUUCAAGGACUCAACAAACCCCCCCAAAACCACCAAUUACAGAACCUGCGUUUAAAACAUCUGUAGAGGAACCUCCAGAAAAGGCUGGACUGGAGUUGGAAACAGAGACUCUGAAUAUAGGAACAGAGGUGCCUCCUGAGCCAGAGGUCAUGCCGAGUUCAGUCGCCCCUGAGGUGGAAACCGCCAGCCUGAUGGAGAGGCAAGAGCAAGAGGAGGAGGAAGUGGAGGCAGAGGAGGAAGAAGAAGGACUGGCACCCAGUGAGGAGCUGGCAACCGAAGUUGAUAUUUCUUCAAUGGCAUCUGACUGCUGCCCAGGCCCUACAUCUGCUUCUCAGGAGGCAGAACAGGGGGCAGAGGCAGCCAUUGACCCAGGGGGAGAAGAUCUUUCAGAUGAUCCACCCACAACUUAUGAGGUUGCUGAGACUGCUGAAGAAACCCAUCCAACUAAUGAGCAAGAGAGGGACGCUCCAAAACCAGAACCAUCAGCCAUUGAGGAGGAGGAAUGUGAAGAUGUGACUGAGGACACAAUGUCCAGAAGGUGGAGCCUGGAGGCAACAGCAGGUGUGUCACAGGAGGACGAGGAAGAGGAGGAGUUAAUGCCAUCAGGUGAUGGAGAAUCUGUGGAUUCUGAGACCUUCGUUACCGAGACAGAAUCUGAAUCAGGUGUCCCUCAGAUAAACGGAGAUCAGCGUGUUAAUUCUCUGCCAUCUGUAAGACAAGAUGUCCACAGAUACCAGCGUGUGGACGAGCCCUUACCUCCCAACUGGGAGGCUCGUAUAGACAGUCAUGGCCGUAUCUUCUUUGUUGAUCAUGUGAACCGCACCACCACGUGGCAGAGACCCACUGGCCCACCUGCCCCACAGGGUCUGACCCGCUCCAGCUCCAUACUGCAGAUGGAACAACUCAACCGCAGGUAUCAGAGUAUCCGUAGGACAAUGACCAGUGAAAGGUCUGAGGAACAGAGAGUGGAUGUUCCUCCUCCUGAAGAAACAGACCUGCUGUCCCACUCCAUCUCUGAAUACCGGCGGGACGGCUUUAUGGGUCAAGCCAGCUCACGUUCUCGUCUGGCUUUGCUGCUUCAGUCUCCUGGUGCAAAGUUCCUCUCCAGUCCAGACUUCUUCUCUGUUCUGCAUUCUAAUCCUAGUGCCUAUCGCAUGUUCACAAGUAACACGUGUCUGAAGCACAUGAUCAGUAAAGUUCGAAGGGACGCACAACACUUUGAGCGGUACCAACACAACCGGGACCUCGUAAACUUCCUCAAUCUGUUCUCCAACAAGCAGCUGGAGCUGCCACGGGGCUGGGAGAUGAAACAUGACCACACUGGGAAGGCCUUCUUCGUGGAUCAUAACUGUCGUGCCACAACGUUUAUUGACCCACGGCUGCCCUUACAGAACUCCCGGUCCAGCGGCCUGCUGGUUCACCGACAGCACCUGUCCCGCCAGCGCAGCCACAGUGCAGGAGAGGUAGCAGAUGACUCUCGCUCUCCGAGUCCUCCUGUCCAGGGCCGUUCAUCAAGAAGCAGUCAGUACCAGGACUUGGUGCCUGUGGCUUAUAAUGAGAAGAUUGUCGCCUUUCUGCGACAACCCAACAUUUUUGAGAUUCUGCAAGAGAGACAGCCAGAGCUCGUGAGAAACCACUCCCUUAGAGAGAAGGUUCAAUUCAUCCGCAAUGAGGGGCCAGCCGGGUUGACCCGUCUGUCUAGUGAUGCAGACCUGGUUAUGUUGCUCAGCCUGUUUGAAGAGGAAGUGAUGUCGUAUGUGCCGCCCAAUGCCUUACUGCUCUCCAGCUACUGUCAUGCCUCCCCACAGAGCUCCCCUGGAACUCCGCGGGCCAAUGCUCGAGCCCCUGCACCCUACAAGCGUGAUUUUGAGGCCAAACUAAGAAACUUCUACCGCAAAAUGGAGACCAAGGGCUACGGGCAGGGGCCGGGAAAAGUGAAGUUAAUAAUUAGAAGAGAUCACCUACUGGAGGAUGCUUUCAACCAGAUCAUGUGUUAUUCCCGCAAAGACCUCCAGAGGAGCAGGCUUUACGUCAGCUUUGUUGGAGAAGAAGGAUUGGACUAUAGUGGUCCAUCCAGAGAAUUCUUCUUCCUGGUUUCCCGAGAGCUGUUCAACCCAUACUAUGGACUAUUUGAAUACUCAGCUAAUGACACUUACACUGUGCAGAUCAGCCCCAUGUCAGCCUUUGUGGACAACCAUCAUGAGUGGUUCCGGUUCAGCGGACGCAUUCUGGGUCUUGCUCUAAUUCAUCAGUACCUGUUGGAUGCAUUCUUCACCCGACCCUUUUACAAAGGACUUCUUCGCAUCCCAUGUGAUUUGAGUGAUCUAGAGUUUUUGGAUGAGGAGUUCCAUCAGAGUCUGCAGUGGAUGAAAGACAAUGACAUUGAGAAUAUGCUGGACCUCACCUUUACUGUCAAUGAGGAAGUGUUUGGACAGAUUACAGAGCGUGAGCUAAAGCCGGGUGGGUCUGGCAUUGCUGUGUCAGACAAGAACAAGAAAGAGUACAUUGAACGCAUGGUGAAGUGGAGGAUUGAGAGGGGUGUAGCCCAGCAGACCGAGAGUCUUGUGCGAGGAUUUUAUGAGGUGGUGGACGUCCGACUCGUCUCAGUGUUUGAUGCCAGAGAGCUGGAGCUGGUCAUUGCUGGAACAGCGGAAAUUGAUUUAUCCGACUGGAGAAGCAAUACAGAAUACAGAGGAGGUUAUCAUGACAGCCACAUAGUGAUUCGAUGGUUCUGGGCAGCAGUGGAGCGUUUCAAUAAUGAACAGAGACUGCGACUCCUUCAGUUUGUUACAGGCACGUCCAGCAUUCCCUAUGAGGGCUUUGCUUCUCUGCGGGGCAGCAACGGCCCACGUCGUUUCUGUGUGGAGAAAUGGGGCAAAGUGACUUCCCUCCCAAGGGCUCACACCUGCUUUAACCGCCUGGAUCUCCCUCCCUACCCCUCCUUCUCCAUGCUCUACGAGAAGAUGCUCACUGCUGUGGAGGAGACCAGCACCUUUGGUCUGGAAUGAGCUCCCAUCACAGCAUAAGUGCUACUGAUUUUUCCCCAGUUCCUAACAACCUGGCUUUAUUUUCAUCCCUCACUCUUCACUACGAUCAUGGUCACUGGACAUAAUCUUUUCGUCAAAGUCUACGGAACUGGAAUAUAUGCCAUCAAAUGACUCAUUGGGCAUGUGCCAACUCCUGCUCUAUAGAGUAUGAACUCGAAGCCCAAAGUAUACUUCAGCUGUCCGCAUUCUGCGACGGUCAGCGCACUGUCCGUGUGAUGUAAUUGUUGUCAUCAGGAGGGUCCGCGGACGGUGCGCACGUGCGAGUGACUUGAGCACUUGAAAACAAAAUCCACCAAACGCGUCUUUCCGCACUCACGGCCAAAGGAGUAUACUUUGAAAGGCUCGCGCACCCACCUGUGUGCGAGACAGAGAGGAAUGUGGAAAAUGAAGUAUACCCGGGCCUUUACACAUUGACAGAAAUCAGAGCUGGAAUCUUGGUUAUCUGGUUUUGGCCUUCGGAUUUGUUUAGACCAGUACAUUUUGAUCUGGGUUUUAGGUCUUUGCCUUUUGUUCUUGACUGAGCUGCUUUUUAAAAAAAAGUCAAAACUAUAUCUAUAUGGUUUAAAGGGACAAAGCUGUGAUGAUUUUUGCUGCAUGUCUUUCUCAUGGAAAGAUAAUGUCAGUUAAAAAGGACUUUCAGAGGUUUCACUUAAGGUUUGCGCUCUUGGUUUUGAGGGGUCUAAAAGACAUUGAUCUUGGCUGCAGUUCUCAUUCUUUUUUCCAUCUUUCAAGAGAACGAACCCAUUAAAACACAAAACAGCAUGCACACUCUCUUAUAGAGAUCCUUACACCAAAUGUAGUGGUUGUAGAAUAGCAACCUGAACAUCCUAGGUUCAAACCCUGAAAAGGAUGACCUAUGAACUAGAGAGUUCCUCUAUCACCUCUUGUGCCCUUGAGCAAGACAUUUCAUCACCAGACUGUUCCAGGGGACUGUAAAUGUAGUAAUUCACAUUGGUCACUGAUUAACUAACAAACACCAACACUCAGUACUUUAUAACACACACCCAUUUUUUAAAUCCACCUCUCAACCUUUUAUGCAACCCACAAAUGUUACUAAAAAAAACAAAAAAAAACAACAACUAUGAAUGUAUAAACACUGAUCACCAUGUGCAAUGUGUGCAACAGAUAUUUGUGUAUCAGGAAUGGUAGAUUUGUUCUUAGAGUUAAUCAUAAGGAGACCUAUUGUUCUAAACUGUGGUGACAGACACAAACAGUGGCCUUGAAAUCAUCUUUAUUAAAAUGUAUAGUUGGGUAUAGUUAAUAUGAUGGUAAUGUGUGCAGUCCACUGAAGUAAUUUAAAACCAGGACUGCAGUGGUUAAAACCAGUAAAAACAGAUUAACGAGAUUCUUCUGCUAUGGCAAAAUAAAAGUGGAAGAAAAAAACAACAACAUGUUUUAGCAUGCGUAGGGAGCAGCAAGCCAAACUGUAACACCCUUGCACAAGUGGUAUGAAGUGUUUUGAAAAUAUGACAUAAUAAUGGAACAAUCUCAGUGCAGGAAUUUCCAUUUAAUGUAUCCACAGAUCGAAGCUAAAAUAAUGGAUGAAAAGUUCCUCAUUUUUGGGUGACAAGUUGCACCCCUCGUUUACAGACAUGUAGUUUCCGUCUGUGGUCCCUCCACAAACCCUCACACAUGCACUCAGCAAUACAUGGAAAUCACGCAUUCACACCACACACAUGCUGAUCUGACCAAAGCUCAGAUCCUAGGAUAUGGAUUUGUCUUAAAACAGCUCCUUUCUCUAUGUAAUUGACCUUUGGAUAAAAUACUGCAUGCAGGGUCAAAGAAGCAGUACCUGAGUUUGACCCUUAGAUGGCGUUGUGUCAUAGCUUGAUAUUGCAUGCUGGAAUUAGUGAAACAACAAAUCCAGAUUAUCUUAAUUUGCAUGAGAAGUUGCUGUUAAUAAGGGGUGGGAUGGGAUUGGGGACAGAAAUAAAUAAAUAAAUGAAAAAAGAAAAUGUCACUUCCAUACUUUUCAUACAUCAUCUGCGCUGUUAUUUAAACGUUGUGGGUCACUGAUCAUGUAAGAUGAUGCUGAUGAAAGAGCCAUCACUUGAAAACAGUUGGUGAAAAUGUGAACCUGCAUGCCUUCCAUUAUGAUGUGUCCAUUUUUGUAUAUAACUGUAAUAUAUGUAUGUCAGUCUUGUCCUGUGUUUAAAUUAUAUUUUGCACUGAAUGCACCAGA